AUGUCUGGAGGGGCGGCCCAGCCCCGGCCCGGCGCGGCAGCUGGAGGCAGCUUGCUUGACUUGCAAGCUCCUUCCCCGGGCCCGGCCCAGGGCAGUGUGGGCCCGGCCCAGGGCAGUGUGGGCCCGGCCCAGGGCAGUGUGGGCCCGGCCCAGGGCAGUGUGGGGCCGGCCCAGGGCAGUGUGGGCCCGGCCCAGGGCAGUGUGGGCCCGGCCCAGGGCAGUGUGGGCCGCCUGGCUGCGGGGAAGGCUCUGGCCUCGUACCCCGAUUUGAGAACCAGGAAGAAACCAGCCGAGGAACGUCACCAAGGGGCCGAACACACGACGAGUCUAGACCCCGCUGCCCGGGAGCCCCGCCCCCUCCCUAGCCCCGACCUAUCCCGAGCCGCGCACCGUACGAGCCCCGCCGCCAACCUGGCCUUCAGCCUAUCAGGCACCGGGCAAAAGCCCCGCCCCUUCGCGGUGUUUCCCGACCCCGGACCAUCCCUAGGCAUUUCCCGCGCCGUCCUUGGCACCCCACACUUGAGAGAGAAGACCAAGCAGCUUCUUUUCCGCGGGGCGCAGGCCUGCAGGGGCCAGACAUGGGGUGAGGGCUGUGCCAUCGUCCACCUGCCAGAGUCGCCCCAGCCCGGCCCCACGGGGCCCCCUCGGCCUACAAGAGGACAGAUGCUGAUUGGACCUGACGGCAGGCUGAUGAGGUGCUGUGCCCAGGCCUCCGACGCCGACUUGUCCGGAACAGCACCCACCGCCUGUGCCUCGUGUGUGAGAGCCGUGGACGGGAAGGCCGUGUGCAGCCAGUGCGCGCGGGCCGUGUGCAGCCAGUGCGCACGCGCCUGCUGGGGGUGCGGCGCCGUGGCCUGCGCCCUGUGCGGCCUCACAGACUCCAGCGACGUCUGCGAGGAAGCGCUGUGCACCAGCUGUGCCAUGUUUGAUGUGUGAGCGGCUGGGAAGGCAGCUCCACCAGAGGGCGCCCCAGCGCCUGCAGAAGAGGCCGGCGCGGCUUUUCCAUGUGUUUUGUAGCUCUGAUGACAGAAGGGAGUAAACCUUCCUAUUUGCACGGUC